AUGAAGGAAUAUAAUAAAAUAUUAUCUUUAGAAAAACCAGAUAUUGAUCAAAUAAAUAAUAAUAUAGAGAAUAGCAAGUUAGUCUUAUGUAUAUGUAUCAGCGAGAAUGAAUCAGUAUCCUUAAUACCACCAUCUUAUUAUUAUAUACAGGCUCAUAGGUAUAUGUAUUUAUCUAAUAUAAUCCCAAAAUGCUUAGAAUAUUUUAAAUCAUAUAUUUUGCCUUUUUAUGGUAACCAAUUUGGAGUAUAUUUUGAAUGCAUAGGGAAAAAUGGGAAAAAAAAAAAAACCAAACAAAUAAAUAGUAACGAUAAUGUAUAUAACACCGAUUCGAAUAUAAACAAAAAUGAUGAUAUAAAUAAUUUUGAUGAUUAUAUAAGUGAAGAGAAAAUAAUACUUGAUUGGCGAUUGCCUAUAGGAGUAUUGUUUGAUAUAUAUUGUGAUAUCGAUGAUGAAGAUGAUUAUUUUAUGAACAGUCAGGUAAAAACAACUAAAAAUUGGAAAUUUUGCUCAAAUAAUGAAUUAUUUUAUGAACAUGUAAAUAUUUUAAAAGUACAAGAAGAUCAAAUAAAUGAUAGUAAUUUUAAAGAAUACAAAUCAAAUGAUGUAAAUGUUACAGACGUUUCUUUAGAUAAAGAUUUAGGAGAAUUUUCUACAAAUCGUAAUUCAAUAGAGAAUGAAAAUAAUGACAAUAUCACAACAAAUAUUUCUAAUAAUAAUCAAAAGGAUAGUGACAAAUGUAGUCAUAAUAAUCUGAACAACAUUAACGAAGAAGCUAGCCAUAAUACAUUAAUAAAAAAAAAAAAUAUAAUAAAUAAAAAAGAACAAGAUAUUAUAGAUUGUAAAUCGGAUGAAAAAUUAAAUGAAGUUAAAGAAAAGAAUUCUGACGAUGAAAAUUUAAAAUCAUAUCCCCACGAAUUAUUCAAACCUUUAUUGGAAUUUGAUGAUAGCAGAUCUAAUAGCAAUACAAAUGAAUAUAUAAACCCCAAAUGUGAUAAUUAUAAAUAUUAUAAUUUAAUUGGAAGAAAAGAAAUAAACGAUGAUUGGUAUGAAAAAAAAUUUAAGCAAAUAUCAUAUAAAAAUAUCCCAUGGAAAUUAUUACUAAACUUUAAAGGAAAAGAAGAAUAUUAUGCACACAUGAAAAAUCGAGAAAAAUUAAAUAAUAUAAACACUACUAAAUAUAACAGCUCAAUACCUUUAUAUAGAGGGGUUAAAGAUUUUGAAGAUUAUAUAAUAAAUGAAUUAAAAAAAUCAAAUUAUAUUUUAAAUAAAAAUAAUAGAUUAUUGCACACAUUGCCAAGAAAAACAGAAGAACAACUUUUACAAAAUUUAACUAAUUUUAAUGUAAAAAAAAUAUGUCCUUUAUAUAGAGAAUGUAUAGAUUAUAAUAUGAUAAUUUUUUUAGACAAUUUUUAUUCCGAAUAUAUUAAACCAUGGGAAAUGGAAAAUUCAAAAAAAAGUAAAUUUACUGAUAAGUUGGAUAAUGAAGAACGAGAAAAAGGAAUGAAUAAAAUUCGGAAUACUGAAAAAAUAAUUAAAGAAGCACCAAUUAUUAUACAUAUUUAUGGUCCACCAUACAAUAAAAUACAAACAAAAUUUCCUCUAUUUAAAAUUACAUAUUCUAAAUAUAAUGAAAAUCAGAUUGAAGAAAUUGUAGCAUAUACUUUAGGUGAUUUGCUGCAUGUCAAUUUCCCUACUUUUGUUAGGAAAAUUAAAAAAAACGAAAAAAAUGAUGACAAUACAAAUAGUGUAAAUUUAAAAAGAGAAUUUCCUGAAAAUAAAGAAGUGAGUUCAGAUGAUAACGACCAUAUAGACAACGUACCUUUAAAAGGUCAAAAUGUUUUUUAUCAUAUUGAGGAUGAAUAUAUAAUUUUUUGUCCUUACAUGUUCAUAAUAAUUAAUGGAAUACAAAUCCCAUUAAAAUCUCCUUUAUAUUGGCUUUUUUCAAACUUUUCAUAUUUUGAUAAUUUUCUUCAUAUUAUCUUACGCAUCCCUCCAUAUUAA